GCUCCAUCCAACACCGCACAGCCAGAGACCAGCGCUUCCAGCGGCUUGGAACCCAUAUUUACCGCCUCGCUUCAGUCACUUGCUCGUCUGCUCGACCUUGCGGGCAGACCAACAACUCAAUUCAUUUGGCCAGCCAGCACGCCCCGCCAUCGCUAUGCCGCCCCCAUCAGACGUGGGCGCGACCUUUGUCCCAGGCGGCUGGGACGAUUACUACAUGCCUGAGGUUGUCGCGCCCUCUCCACAAAGAGUGACGCCGCAGGUUCCUCAGAACAUGCAAGAAGAUCUUCAGCGCAUGGAGCUCGAAGCACGAGAAGUCAACCGACCCGACACCGACGCCACUGCAGCCGCGAGGCACACACGAGAACCGUCGCUCUCCACGUGGGUGCAGCCCAGCAGCGACACGACCCCUCACCCACAACAGCAACAACAACAACAGCGACACGCGCCCUCGUCGACCGCCCGAUCCGCGGACACCGCGUUUGAGAGCUACCACAAGUCUGACUCCGUGGCCAUGUCGGAGGGCGCCGGGCCCUCGUUCUCACCCUUUCCCAAGGUCAAAGGCGACAACGUGCCUCCGUCUGACGAAGACAAGGAGGAUAUUCUCUGGAAUGCGCGUCAGCAUGUCUUAGGCUCCCAGAAUGUGUCGAUGCAGAUCACAUGGGCCCGAGAUGUGCUAAACUGGGCCGAGAUCUGCAUGGAAGCCGCCGCUCGCGAAAACCCCGAUAAGCCUAGGCCCUCGACCCCGCGUAAAGAGCAUGAGCUCCGAGUCGACGCUCUCAAUAUCAUCACGUACCUAGCCGGCCAGGAGCACCCGGCAGCCCUGUACAUCCGAGCGAAAUGGCUCGAAUUUGGCAAGUUUGGGAACCGCGUCGACAAGCGGGAGGCCUACAGUGGCUACAAGCGAGCAGCCGAGCUGGGCAACUCCCGUUCCGAAUAUCGCAUGGGCAUGCUGUUUGAGCAGUCCAACGACACAUCCAAAGCGAAGGAGCACUACUACAAGGGCCUCGGGUUGUCGGACUCGGCAUCGCUGUAUCGUCUGGGUAUGAUGAGUCUUCUCGGCCAGCUUGGCGAGGUGAAGGAUUAUAGCACUGGACUCGAGAGGAUCAAGGCAGCUGCUGACAGCGCUGACGAGGACUCACCGCAGGGUGCCUUCGUCUACGGCAUGCUUGUUGGCAGAGAGCUUCCCGACAUCUACGUCCCGGAUUCCAUGUUGCCAGCCGAUCCCAAGACCGCGUUUGUCUACAUUGAGAAGUCAGCGUAUCUCGGCUUCGCCAAGGCACAGCAUAAGAUGGGCCAGGCUUACGAACUUUGCCAGUUCGGCUGCGACUUUAAGCCCUCCUACUCGCUACACUACUAUGGCUUGGCCGCCAAUCAGGGCAAUGCCGAAGCCGCCCUGGGCGUGAGCCGAUGGUUUCUCUUUGGUUAUGAAGGCGUUUUCAAGAAGAACGAGGAGCUCGCGUACAAGUACGCCCAGCGUGCGGCCGCGCAAAAGCUGCCGACGGCUGAGUUCGCCAUGGGUUACUACAGCGAGAUUGGAAUCUACAUCGACAAGAGUGUUUCGGAAGCGCAGAGAUGGUACCAGCUCGCUGCGGAGCAUGGCAACACCGACGCACUUGGUCGACUGGAAUCGCUAGAACAGGAUCAAACCCUGUCAAAGCAAGACCACGAAACGACAACUCUAACAAGAAUCAAGUCACAGCAUGGCUCGCAGAGGGGGAAGCGACCAGAUCGUUUCAAACAAGCGCAGCAAAUGCCGACGCUAAGUGAAGACUCGCGCGGGCAUCCUAAGCCACUCAAGCUCGAUGGCCACGGCCCCUCGCCAGGCGUGUCGCCUCAGCCUUCUCCCGGCUUACGCCCGACUGUUGUCAACGAUCCGGCGGCGUUCCCCGACCCGUCCAGAGCCUCGGUCGUCGUCCCAGUGGCCGGCGACCGACCAUCUGCUUUCAACGUGCGCCUUGACGGCCAGCAGCCACAACAUCAGUUGCCGCUGAGGCCACAUUCGGCAGCUCCCUACCCAGAAGAUGAAAGAGGCUACCCGCAGGGCGGCUUACGGCCAAAGUCCGCGGCGCCGUAUCCAGAGGACGACAUGCGCGGGCAGGGGCUGCCUGGAGGUCGCCCUGCCCACGGUCAAGGCCCCUCCGCGGACCGAACAAGCAGCGCAUUUGGUAUCAAUACUCAAGGCCAAGGGGGUCGUCCAAUGCCUACUUCACAAACCAUGGGCAAUCUGCAUCCAGCGCCACGCCAGCCCCAUCCCGACCCGCGCGGUAGAAUCGUGUCGGCGAGCCAUGGUCCAGCCGGCUACCGGCAGCCAAGUCCUGGUCCAGCCAGCCCGACGGGUGGUCGCCAUCCGAGGGACCACUAUGGCCGCCCGCCCUCUGCGGCACCCUACCCCCAGCAACAGCCUGGAGGGAGACCAACUCCCGGACCCAUUCCGCCUCCCGGAGCAACUCCUGGCCGUGGUAGUGGUCCUGACCCUCGAUAUUCCCAACCACCACCUCAGCAGGGCUACGGCCGCCCUGACCCACGGAUUCAGCAUCCGCCGCAGCAGAGGAUAUCCCGUCCUCCCACAGAAACAGGCCGUCCCCCGACAGGGCACUCGGGGCCUGGCCCCAUUCCCCCUCACAUGGCUGGCGCAGGGGGCCCUGGGAGGGUUGGAAGCGCUCCUCCUGGGCAACACAUGUCUCGACCCGAGCCAAAGACCAGUCCGAUCCCAAGCCCUUCACCGUCAGCGCCGUCCGUAGCAUCAGCGCCGGCUAAGCCUGCCAAGCAGCCCUCAAAGGGACCUGCUACAUUUGAGGAUAUGGGCAUCCCUCAAGGGAAGCAGGAGGGCGAUUGCGUGGUUAUGUAAAAAUGCGGUAGGCCAAGUCUAUUCGAUAGGUAAGAAGCGUACAUACAUGAAGACUGGACCGCUUAGAUGGUCCGGUGAACUAGAGGGAACUGCAUAGGUUGGAAACUGCAUGGAGGAAUGGUGUUUGCUGAUGAUGCAAUGGCUGGACAUGUUGAGGUUCUAAACAGCUACCUGCUAUUUCUCCGACCCGCGAUUUCGUUGCAUACUAUUUAGUUAGCCGGCUGCAUAUUUGACUCAUAGAGAGGUGGAGGUACAUUUCUUUGCAAUUGAUUUGGGCAGGUAUCCUAGUCCAGCUAGCGGGAGUUGCUGUCACGGUUCAAUUGCCUUGCGCCUGUUUGUGCCACGCAUUAUCUGAACGAGGUUGAUCUGUUCACCUUUCGAUAUCAGAACACCCGAUCUGUCGAACUGUUAGA